AACGUCUUGGCAUUUUACCUUUUAACCUUUCCAUAGCUGAAGGUUAAACUAGUCCUUUUAGAUUUUUUUCAAAGCUCUUACUGAUUCCCUUCGGCUGCCGAAAGCUUUAAUUUCAAUCAGCACCUCGUUAAGACUCCAGCGAAGCAGUACUGAUUCUAAAUCAGGAAGCGACACCCGGCAUUGACAAAGACCAUUCAAAGGUAUGGGAAAGGCAGCCGGGGCUGCAGGCCCGCGAGCGUCUUCUCAGGCCCCAUGGAUGCCGCGCUUCUUUUGAUGAACUACUGGUGGGUUUCCUCUCACUCGGACAGCAGCCUCCCUGCCCGUCUCUCCUGCUGUCCCCAUCGGAAAAUCCAUAACCACAACUUUUCCCAGCCUUUAAUCUGCCUCUGGAGAGUCAGGGAAGCCGCUGGGAUCAUUGUUCCCUCCGCUACGGUGCUGCCCUUCAGGGCACCGAAGCUUGGUGGGCGUCGGUUGGCGCGCCGGGAGCCGGGAGCAGGGGAAGCGGUGGCAUUGUGCCUGGUGCCAAAGAACUGGCUUACCCACGAGGGACAGCUUCUUGUCUUUGACAAUACCCAGGAAGUGUCCUUCACCGCAAGCACUGAAGUUUUUGGCCUUGCGCUGGAUAUUGUGCUGACAUGGUUCCUCAUGGGAACUGUUGGGCAGGAAGGAGCUACCCAAACAACUAAUGAUUCAAAGAACUCCAAGCUGAGUUCUGGCCCCGACACAGCCCUCGCCAGCUCACAGAGGUGGUGGCAGAGACAAUUUAGCCACACGUCCAGUGAGGAGCCGAUGGGCCUCUACUGGACACUUCACUUCUCACAGAAGCUACUGAAAGAGGUAUUCCCUCAAGCUAACCAAGGAAGCCAAGAAAGAAGACGACCAGGGAAUUGGGACAUACCUAAGAGAGAGGUGACGGAAUCCCUCUGAAUGCUGGUGAAGGGAGAAGUCCUCAUAUCAGCUGUGGAACAGCCAAAAGAGGAACCAUCAUGUUGGAUCAGGAAGACUGGAUGCCGAGGAAGAAUGUUCAUGAGAGAAACUCCUAAGUUAUCACACAUGUUUGAAGAUUAUGAGAGAAGUUUUGAGAGUUUUCAGGACAAAGUAUGAUAGGUUCAUAGAAAACUAAACAAUUAAAAAAACCAAAAAACAAAAAUAGGUGCAAUCAUUAACCCUAGGAAAAACAAAAAGUUAAAUAAAAAAAGAAAUGCAAAGACAUUAUAUCAUAUGGCUGGACCUUGACAAUUUUUGCUUAAGUAAGAAUAAAGUAAGAUGAAUUGAUUAAAAAUAAUUUUGUGGUACUGGGGAUGGAACUCAGAGGUGUGCUACCACUCACCAAACCACAUCCCUAGACCUUUUUAUUUUUUAUUUUGAGAUAGGACUUGGUAGUAUGCCCAGAUUCGUUUUGAACUUGGGAUCUUCCUGCCUCAGUCGCUGGGAUUACCAGUGUGUAUCACCAUGUCUGGCAAGGUAAAAUUAAAUUCUGAAUUAAUUGAAAUCGUAAUGUGUUAGAUAGAUAGGGGAGGAGAAAAGAGUAGUGUUGGGAGAAACUAUUCAGAAUAGGAAGUCAAAACAGAUGACUAGAAAGGAAAAACAAAGAAAUAACAAUAUAUUAUUUCUGAAUCUGAAUACUACCAAUAACAGCAAAAGAGCUGAGAAAUUUUAAGUGACUGCCUGGCUUGAGAGAGCAGAACUCAUUUAUUGAAGGACUGGGACAGGACUGUUGUUUAUUUUUCUGGGUUUCAUAGUAGUGUUUAACCUCACAAAAAAUACAUAACUUUGAUAAAACAUUGGACAUUUGAACAAUCUGUCAUUUGGAAGGACAGCCCCUGAGUGUAAUGUAUAAAGCUGCUCUCCGCCCAUCAGGUGCAGCCAUUUUCCCCGCCUCCCAACCACUUGUCAAUCUGUGAACAUCCUGGCUAGCUAUUG